CUUGUGCGUCCUGGCAGAGUGUGGCGUGUGGCUGCCCUGUCUGAGCGCAUACACUGGGUGAACAGCCUGCGCCUGGCCGUCGACUAGCGCGCAGCGAGACCGUUCAACCGCGUCUGCCUUGUUACGCAAUAGACAAUCCUAUCAAGAAAGUUGGCUGUGAAUGUGAGGCAGCUAGAUGCAUUUACCAAGCAGCCUGUCAGCGCCGAACGCCUCUUCCUGGGGAAUCGCCCCGCCGCUGAUUUCACAGGCGAAUAGCGUAGUGUAAGGGCUCCACCCGCGUCCAGUCAGGCAGCGCGCGAGUUGAAGGCCAUUGGCUGCAUUGCUGUUGCAUUGCUCCGGCAAAGUGUUGUGACGCAAUGACAUCAUGAAGAUAGCUGGUUUGUUUGAUGCCGCUGAUAGAGUGGUGACUGGUCGGAUGUUGACGUAAGCUCAACAACGAGAAAGGUGGUUUUAAAUUGGCAGCAGUUGUGGAAGAGGGUGUGGUCCAUGCCGGAUGGGCAUGCGCGGAUGUUAGCCGAGAUGGGCGGUACCAAGAGCCCCGACGCCGAGCCCUGCUGCCCGGACAUGGACGAGGACGCCGCCGACUCCCUGCUGGACGGCGCCGAGUGCAAAUGCCCGGUGGCUAGCUACGGCAGCGUCAGUCUGGAGACGCUGGUGGAGCUGGAGGCGGUGGUGGCCGCCGAGCACGUGUUCCAGCGCCUGCAGACGGCCAGCCACGAAUCUCCCGCGCAGGCGCUGCUGCAGCCGCACGCCGACACCCUGGAGAACGGGAUGCGCCACUUUUGUCGGGCCUUCGUGCGGCGCUUCACGGAGCUGGCCGGGGGGACGCGCAGCGGGAGCAGCAGUGAUCGCGGCGGGAUGUUGGAGGAGGCGCCGCAGCGGCUGCUGCUGCCCAGUCCCGAGGAGGCGCUUGGAUGGGACUGCGGGAUGGAGCAGCAGCGCAGCCCGACCCCGCACACCACGCAGAGUCCGCACCGCUUCGGAUUGGAGGACAGCCAGUCCAACGCCUCCGAUAUGAGCAGUGCCAGCGCGCCCCGCCCGCUCUCCGCGCUCCACGCCGAUAAUUUUCAAGAAAUUGACACGGUGGACGGGGAUGUAUUAGAGGCGCCGGUGCAGGUGCGCAGCAAGAGCAACGACUGCUCGCCGGGCCAGAAGAGCUCCUUCCUGCGGCGCAUGUCCUUCAAGACGCUGACGCAGUCCUUCAAUCCCUUCGGCAAGCGCCACUCGCAGGAGCGCAAGCCGACGCUGACGCGGGUGCCCACCUCGGGAUCGCUGCCCAUCAGCGAGAACGGGCCUGUUGGACGAAUCGGCGAUGGUGUUGGCCGCAAAGACGUGGCACAAGACGCCGCCGCCUGGGGCGGCAGCACCGGGAUCCGGCCGCGUCUGGCCAGCGCCCCCGCGGCGGAACUGGCCCGCAUCCGGCCGGUCAAGUACAGCGGCGCGGCCACGGGGCCCAUCAGCAGCGCCGAGCCGGCGGAAGCCUUAUCCAGCGCCUCAUCCCUGUACAAUCUGGCGCCGACGCGGUCCAAUCAACGCAAAGGCAGCCUGACGGGGUCGUCGUUGAGUUCCGGGCGCCAGAGCCCCGUCAGUGUCGGCGCGGUGCCGCCGGCGCCCAUCCCGGAGCACGAUACGCUGAAGAAGCGCGACGAAGAUCUGGCGUCGCUGCUGGGCUAUCACGCCGAUAUUAGUCGCGCGCAGGCGGCCGGGCUGGUGCAGCAGGGCGGGCACGGGGCGUUCUUGGUGCGCGCCAGUGAGACGGAUCCCGGCAAGUUUGUUCUGACCUUCAACGGCCAGGGAAGACCAAAGCAUUUGCGCUUCUGCAUCCAGGACGACGGGCGUUGCCGCGUGCAGUCGGCGUGGUUCGAGUCGCUGGCGGAGAUGGUGAUGUUCUACCGCGCCAACCCCAUCCCCUCGGAGACGGGCCACUGCUCGGACGCCACCCUGACCCUCAUGAUCUCGCGCGACCUGCCGCCGGUCCCGCAGGCGGUGGCCGUGGCGACGGAGCCGCGCCAGCGCAGCUACACGUCGCCCUUCGCGCCCGAGGCCAUCGCGGCGGCCCGCAAGACCUCGGCGGACCCCGUGCGCCUCCCGGCGCCCGCCGAGUACCGCGGGGGCGCCGCCGAGCUGGCGCUGGUGCGCAAGGACAUCAAGGGCGUCUACUGAACCGCCCCUACGUUGUUUUUCUCAAUUUUCCCGCGGCCAAACUGGUCCGCGGGGUUUUUUCCUGUUUUAUUGCGUAAUUCUUUUGGGUGUCUUGGUGGGCGCUUUCUCACGUUUCGAUUUCCUCGGGAGGUCUCCACUGUGAAUAAGCACAAUGUGAAUGGGAGAGUGACAGAGAAAUGGGUGUUUUGUUUUUUUUGCACGUCGUGCGAAUUAAUUGUGUUGUUGCCGUUGGUGCCUGGCCGUGCAAUUAGCAAGUGACCUUUGAUAAUGUUAUUAAUGUGGCACUGUGCUGUGUGACUGACGCGGGCAGGGCGGACAGCGGCGUCAUUAUUAUUAAAUUUUUGUAUCUCGAA